CUGUUAACCGUUCGCCUCCUUAAUUUCAGUCAGAAAACUGAGCAUCUUUCUUGCGACAGAGUAGAAAUGGCCUCAAGACGAAUUACGCGGGAGACUUUUGAUGCCGUGGUGCAAGACAAAGUGAAAAGGUAUCGGAUGGACCGAAGCGAUGCUAUAGAAGAAACAAUCCAUCAUUUUAAAGCUCAUUCAAGAUCAGUUCCAAGAUCCAGAUAUGAAGACAGUUUUCAUGAUGAUGGAAGAUACUCACAUGAUGGUCCCCAACACCAUCCUCAUGAUGACUGGAGAGAAGACUCUAGAGAGGACUAUCCAGGACCUUCUUACAGAUCUAGUAGCCCUCUCAUGAGGAAAGAUAGCUACUACCAUGACCACUAUGGCCGCCCUGCCUCUCGGGACCGGGACUAUGGCCGCCCUGCCUCUCGGGACCGGGACUAUGGCCGCCCUGCCUCUCGGGACCGGGACUAUGGCCGCCCUGCCCCCCUCGGGAAUCCUCCAGUGCAUGACUCAGACUUUGGCUCUUCUGAACUCUUGGGUGAUUUUAGGUCACCAGGACUUCUAGAAGACGAGUACGGGAAUGUAGAAAGUCAGGAUUAUGACCUGGAAUAUGGACUUCAAUCUGAGAGUGAGUUUAGACCCCCAGUCCGCAGAGGCAACCUCAGUAGAGGAAGGAUUCUGAGAGGAAAACCUAUUACAAGAGUCUUGAUUAAAAAUAAAGUGUUUAAAGGAGAUAUCAAAACUCCUCUAAAGAAAUGGAACACCAAAAAACCACUACCAUUAACUAAUCAGAAGUCCGCUCUGCAACCUGAUCAGAUGUCAGAAACUACAGAACGACCUAACCAGAGGUCUGCAAUUGCUCAGCGCCCUAAUCAGAAGCUAAUCAUACGACCUAAUCAGAGGCCAACUGUGACAACCCAAAGGCCUGUUCUUCGACUUCCUAAGUCUGCGCAUGUGUUCAGAGAGCUUAAUCUUGAUCUUGUGGACAAAUCUGACAUAUUCUCAACCUUUGGAAUAGAGAUAAUAAAAUGGGCUGGAUUUCACACAAUAAAAAAUGAUGCAGAAUUUCAACAGCUUUUUGGGGCUCUCUUUGAGCUGGAAACAGAAACGUGUGCAAAAAUGCUUGCUUCGUUCAAAUGCUCACUAAAGCCAGAGCACAGAGAUUAUUGUUUCUUUACUAUCAAAAAUUUACAACAUGCUGCUUUGAAGACUCCCAAAGUAGACAAUGAAUUCUUAAAUAUGUUGUUGGACAAGGGUGCCAUGAAGACUAAGAACUGCUUCUUUGAAGUCAUAAAGCCUUUUGAUAAGUACAUAAUGAGGCUCCAAGACCGUCUUCUAAAGAGUGUCACACCUCUGCUUAUGGCCUGCAAUGCCUAUGAAUUAAGUAUCAAGACAAAUGGCUUCAGUAAUUCUGGAGAAAUGGCAGGUGCUUUUGAGACCACCAUUUCUCUGUGUCGUAAGUCCUUGGCACUUCUGGGCCAAACCUUUGCAUUAGCUUCUGCUUUCAGGCAAGAGAAAAUACUUGAAGCUAUUGGUCUCCAGGAAAUGGCUCCAACACCAACUUCAUUCCCAAAUUUUGAUGAUUCAACAUUAUUUGGAAGAGAAUAUAUAGAAAACUUGAAAGUAUGGCUUGAGAAAAGUGGCUAUUCAAUUCAGAUGAAGAAAAUAGAACCUGAGUCAACAAUACAGCUUAAAAAAAUGGCUCCUGACACAAAACCUAAAAGUAAGAUUCCACAGCGAGCUGAUCGGAGAGUUGUAGAGACAAUUGAAAAGCUAGUGAAAAGUAUUGUUAGUGGCACUUUGUCAGCAAAAGAGAGAACUGCUCAGAAGAGCUGUCCUGAAUAUUGGUUCUUGUCUGAAGAAGAUAGUCUAGAAUAUAAAUACUACAGACUAAAGUUAUCAGAGAUGCAAAGAUUGACAUCAUCUGCAAAGGAAGGAGGCAGAGAGGGGAAAACACCAGAAGAAUCUGCAACAGAAUCAGUGAGGGCAAUGUUGUAUGCCAGGAAAGUAGCAAGUAUCAAGAAAAGGCUAUUUAAAAGAAAAAGACUUGGAAUUUUUACACAGCAUGGAGUUAGAGGCAGGAAAGUGAGAAAAUCAACCAUAGGGACACAGACUGUGCUUUCAGCCGGCACGAUGCUGAAACGUCAAGACAAGCUCACCCAAGGUUCGGUCCAGUCAAAAUCUUCCAUAUCAGAAAUCAGCAUGUCUGAGAAGAACUCUUCUUUGGACACAGCUGGCUCCUCACAGCAUGUCACCAGUCCAGAAGUUUCUCUGUCACUGGGAGAAGGGGCAGACACUGAGGAUUUAUUGGCAUCCACUGGACAUUCCCAGGCAAUGUUGUCUCAAUUUCCUGAUGUGGAUGCUAAAACAAUGGAAACUGCUGAGAAGCUUGCCAAAUUUGUUGCUCAGGUGGGACCAGAAAUUGAGCAGUUCAGCAUAGAUAACAGUGCAGACAACCCCGAUCUUUGGUUUCUGCAAGACCAAAACAGUUCUGCUUUCAAAUUUUACCGAAUGAAAGUCUAUGAAUUGUGCCCAUCCAUCAACUUUAGUGCUGUUUCAGAAAUAGCUGUCCCUGGUGAAAGCGAUAAACCUGAAGAGAGAAAUUUGGAUAAUUUAGAAGAGGAGGAGGAGGAGGAAGAGGACAAUGAGGAGGAAGAGGAAGAAGCUGAACUUGAAGAGAAUAUCUCCCAGACCUUGGAAGAGGUGGAAAUGGAGCACACAGAGGAGGGGGAAGAAGAGGUCUCAGCAGGUGGAGCUGAGGAGGCUGCACCCAAAGAAAUCCUGUCCAAAACAGGAGAAGAUACUUCAACAAGUGAAAUGCAACCAAGCUCAGCUUCUGAUAGUACUACCCCAAAUCUGUCAACACAGGUGCCAGCUUCUGCUCCUGGUACCCCUUUCCCUCGCAAAAGAAUUAGUAGCAAAUCUCUGAAAGUUGGCAUGAUUCCUGCAUCUAAGAGGGUAUGCCUCAUAGAGGAACCAAAAGUUCAUGAACCUGUCAGAAUUGCCUAUGACAGACCCCGAGGUCGCCCUGUUACAAAGAAGAAGAAGAAACCAAAAGACUUAGAAUUUUUACAAAAGAAAUUGACCGUUAAGAAUGUGGGUUUCCAAAUGCUGCAGAAGAUGGGCUGGCAAGAAGGACGUGGCCUUGGUUCACAAGGAAAAGGAAUCAAAGAGCCUGUGAAAGUGGGUACUACCUCUGCAGGGGAGGGCUUGGGUGCUGCAGGGGAAGAAAAUAAAGAAGAUACAUUUGAUGUUUUCCGUCAAAGAAUGAUACAAAUGUACAGGCAGAAAAGAGCAAGUAAAUAGGUUUGACUCAAGAGACUCAUUUGCUAGAAAAUGUGGACAUG